CACCAUUUUAACAUGCGUAGAAGAGCUACGCUAAACGGGCUGCUGUUGCUUUGCCUAUGGGCAACAGCGGCCACUGGGCACAUUCGCAUCGAGGCGCCCGAGGUGCACGUGGCGCCCAACUACAAGCCGGCCUUUGUCCGGGCCGCCGUGGAGAGCAUACCCGUGGAGGAUGAGCCCGGGGCACUGAGUCGCAUCAGCACUCGACCCACAUUUGGCGAGGUAUUCCUGCCGCUACGCAGCGCCGUGGAGAGUGUGCCCAGCAUCAGUGAACGGGACGUUGCGCAGCUGCGCGAGUCCUCGCCUUUGCGCUCCUUUGUACGCGACUCUGUGGAGGCGCAGCCCAGCGACAAUGAUGAUGAAGAUGAGGACUCCUUAGAGUUUGGUUCGCCAGCCAGCUAUGUGCGCGAUGUGCCAGAGGAGAUCAAAGAGGAAAAACUCUCGCAUCUGGUGGAGCCAGAUCCCUGGUCGGUGUCUGAUAAAUAUGCCGCCUUCAUAGCGCCCAGCUCAAGCGAUAAUUAUCAGCCGCAACCGUAUCGCUCCGGCUCCCCUCAUCAGGAGCUACUCAAGGCUGUGGAUCUGGAGCAACUGGAGCAUAUCGAUGAACUGGACAGCUACACGGAACAGCAGUUCUAUGGUGCUCUCGCCCAGGCAGAUCUCACGCAAGAUGGCGCCUAUGGGGCUCUCUUACACGCCAAGACCACAACGGAAAAGAAGAACUACAACACGGUGCCCAAAGUCCUUUGUUACAUGUCCAACUGGGCCUUCUAUCGCAAGGCCGAUGGUCACUUUGUGCCCGAGCAACUGGACCCCAAACUAUGCUCGGCAAUUGUCUAUUCAUUUGCCUCCCUCGAUCCGGAUCACUUGACCAUACGCGAAUUCGAUCCCUGGGUGGAUAUAGAGAAUCAGUACUACAAGCGCGUUGUUUCACUGGGUGUGCCCGUGCUGAUUGCCAUGGGCGGUUGGACAGAUUCCAGCGGUGAUAAAUACUCUCGCUUGGCUGCCGAUGAGAUUAAACGCAAAGUGUUUGCCUCGAGUGCGGCGGGUUUUUUGCAACGUCAUGGCUUUAGUGGCAUUCACUUGGACUGGAACUACCCCAAGUGCUGGCAGAGCGACUGCUCCAAGGGACCGGCCAGCGAUAGACCCAAUCUGACGAAGCUGCUGCGUGAGAUACGCUCAGAGCUGAAGCGAGUCAAUCCCAAGAUGCAGCUGGGCGUGGCCAUCUCCGGCUACAAGGAGAUCAUCAGCGAGGCGUACGAGUUGGCUGCACUCUCCGAAAUCGUGGACUAUAUGACCGUGAUGAGCUAUGACUACCAUGGCGCCUGGGAGGGACAAACGGGACAUGUGAGUCCACUCUACGGACGUGCGCAGGACAAAUAUCCGCAAUACAAUACGGACUACACAAUGCAGCUGUUGGUGAAGAUGGGUGCACGCCGUGAGAAGUUGAUCAUGAGCAUUCCCUUCUAUGGGCAGACCUUUACGCUCGAGCAGAGCAGUCAGCGCCUGGUCGGUGAGGGCAUCCCGGCCAGCGGCCCUGGUGACGCCGGCGAGCUGACCAAGCAGCCCGGCAUGUUGGCCUACUACGAGAUCUGUCAGCGCAUACGCAAGCAGAAGUGGCAGACCGGACGGGAUGCAGAACGCAAAUCGGGACCCUAUGCCAUGCUGCGGGACCAAUGGGUGGGCUAUGAGGAUGCGGCCAGCGUGGAGGCCAAGGCACGCUAUGCGGUCAACAAUGAUUUUGGUGGUGUUGCUGCUUGGACCGUCGAUCUGGAUGACUUCCAGAACCGCUGCUGCAGUGAACCCUUCCCGCUGCUCAGGGCUGUCAAUCGGGCCUUGGGUCGACUGAACACGGAGCCACCGACGCGCAGCAACUGCGAGCGUCCACCACAGCCGAUUACACCGGUGCCACCACAAAUGACGACCAUAAGCAGCGAUGGCUCGCAAAGCGGUGCUCAUAGUGAUCACACCACUUCGUGGCCCACUUGGGAUCAAACGAGCACAAGCACACGCAGACCCACUAGCAGUGCGACAACCACACGGCGACCCAGCAGCACUACAACCACGCGACGACCCACUACUAGCACCACCACCACCACAACUCCCGCCUGGUGGACCAGCACAGCAGCAGCUACAACCACGAGGCGUCCCACCAAGCCAAAGCCGAAGCCAACGAAGACAACUGUUCGACCUGCCCACACCACUAUACCAGUGCCCGCUCUGGUCUAUCCGGUGGUGCAAGCCGCUAACUGCAAGGCUGGCGAAUUCUAUCCAGAUAAGAAAAAUUGCAAUUCCUAUUAUCAUUGCAUAAUACCGGGUGAGCUGCGUCAGCAAUUCUGUCCCGGUGGUUUGCACUGGAACAACGAGGUGAAGGGCUGCGAUUGGCCCGCCUCGGCGCAGUGCACGGUGAAGAAGCAGCAUACGAGCACCACAAGUGGCAUACCCAUUACUAAGAGCACCACUCAGAGACCCAGCAGCAGCACCACCAAACGUCCCACCACUACCACCAAGAAGCCGCGCAGACCUUCGACAUCCGUCAAGCCCAGUCGCAAGCCUACAAAACCCGCUCAGAAACCUCAGCAGGGAGCUAGCACCACCCGUAAACCGAACCGCACUACUCGACGACCACGUCCACCCACCUCGUCCCGCUGCAACGAAGGCGAAUACUACACGCACCGCAACUGUGGCAAGUACUACAUCUGCGUGAAUGGAGCGCUCGUGCCGAGUGAAUGCGGCAGCGAGCUGCACUGGGAUGCCCUGAGGAAGAUCUGCGAUUGGCCGGAGAAUGUGCAGUGCGUGACCAGCAAGAAGUAUCUGCGGAUUGUGCAGUCCAAGGCCAGCGAAGAGGAUCCCUGCAAUGGGGAGGAGCGUGUGCCCUAUCCCGGUGACUGCUCCAAGUAUUUGUUCUGCCUGUGGAAUCGUCUACAGGCGGCGGACUGUCCGCCUGGCUUGCAUUACAACGAAGCGCUGGGCAACUGCGACUGGCCAGGGGCGGCGCAAUGCAAAGAGAACGGCGGAGGUGGUGCAGCUGGCAGUAGUAGCGGCAGCUCAAAGCCCAUGCCACCGGCUGCAGCUAAGCCCGUGCCCACAACCCAACGACCGAGCACCACGCCACGACCCACUUAUCCCACGGACAAGCCACAACUCCAGCCUCUCGAUGGCUACUACAAGGUCGUCUGCUACUUCACCAAUUGGGCCUGGUAUCGCAAGGGUCUGGGUCGCUAUACACCCGAUGACAUCAACACGGAUCUCUGCACCCAUGUGGUUUACGGCUUUGCCGUAUUGGAUUACUCGGAGCUAACGCUGCGCACUCACGAUUCGUGGGCGGAUAUCGAUAACAAUUUCUACACACGCGUCAGUGGUCUGAAGAGCAAGGGUGUCAAAGUCAGCCUUGCUCUGGGCGGCUGGAACGAUUCCCAAGGCGAUAAAUACAGUCGCCUUGUGCGCAAUGCUGCGGCUCGUGCGAAAUUCAUUCGACAUGCUCUGGACUUUAUCGAGAAAUAUGGCUUCGAGGGUCUCGAUCUGGACUGGGAGUAUCCGGUGUGCUGGCAAACGGAGUGCAACAAGGGCUUCGCCGAUGAAAAGGAGGGUUUCACGGCCUGGGUCAGGGAACUCUCGGAGGCAUUCAAGCCACGUGGCCUGCUGCUCUCCACGGCCGUAUCACCCAGCAAAAAGAUCAUCGACGCUGGCUACGAUGUGGAAGAACUAGCACGCUACUUUGACUGGAUUGCCGUGAUGACCUACGACUUCCACGGACAGUGGGACAAAAAAACGGGCCACGUGGCGCCUCUGUAUCAUCAUCCCGAUGACGACUAUGAUUACUUCAAUGCGAACUUCUCGCUGAACUAUUGGAUAGAACGGGGUGCUCCAUCUCGCAAGAUUGUCAUGGGCAUGCCUCUAUAUGGUCAAUCCUUUACCCUGGAGAAUGCCAAAAACAAUGGACUCAAUGCCAAGGCACCAGGACCUGGUCAGGCGGGUGAAUUUACCAGAGCAGCAGGUUUCUUGGCGUAUUAUGAGAUCUGCGAGCGUGUCAAACAUCAGGGCUGGGAAGUGGUGCAGGAUGAGCGCGGUCGCAUGGGUCCCUAUGCUCGCAAGGGCACCCAAUGGGUCUCCUAUGAUGAUCCAGCCAUGAUACGCAAGAAAUCGCAGCUGGUUCGUGCGCUCAAUCUAGGCGGCGGCAUGGUUUGGGCAUUGGAUCUGGAUGAUUUUCGUAAUCGUUGCGGUGAUGGCGUGCAUCCAUUGCUCAGGGAAAUACACGACGUAUUAAAGGAUCCACCAAAUGGUUAUGAGCCAACGCCUGGUCUAACUCCUGCAGAAAUUGAAUCUGUGGAGGAGCAAGCCAUUUCGGCGGAAGUAGGAACAGCAUCUGUGGAAAGUGAAGCCGGACAAUCGUCACAGGAGAAACCUGCUCAGGAAAGCAGCGAGGCUGAGGAUGUUGAAAACGAAGGUGGUGGGGAACAGGAGGAGGAGGAGGUGGCAGUCAUGCAGCCACCACAGCCAGAAACUGGCUCCAAUUCUGAAGACUCCAGCAAUGAGACAGCCAACAAUGAAAAUGAGUCCGUCAGCGCAGAAAUAGGCGACAAUAACAACAACAACAACGAGCAGGAAUCAUCGCAAGAAAACGAAGUUGAUCCCAACGAGGAUAUUGAAGAGGGAGAUUUCGAAAUGGAGAGCGGCUAUCCCAUUGCCGACUCCGGCACAGACUACAAGGUCGUCUGUUACUUCACCAACUGGGCGUGGUACCGUCAAGGCGGUGGCAAGUAUUUGCCCGAAGACAUCGAUGCCGAGCUCUGCACGCACAUCGUUUACGGCUUUGCUGUAUUGAAUCGCGAUAAGUUGACCAUUCAACCGCAUGAUUCGUGGGCCGAUCUGGACAACAAGUUCUAUGAGCGCGUGGUCAGCUAUCGGAAGAAGGGUGCGAAGGUAACCGUAGCCAUUGGCGGCUGGAACGACUCAGCGGGUGAUAAAUACGCUCGCUUGGUUAGAAGCGCAUCGGCUCGUGCCAGAUUCAUACGCCACGUCAUGGACUUUAUCGAGCAGUACGGAUUCGAUGGCCUCGACUUGGACUGGGAAUAUCCGGUGUGCUGGCAGGUGGACUGCAAAAAGGGCACCGCCGACGAGAAGGAAGGCUUCACAGAGCUGGUGCGCGAAUUGUCGCAGGCAUUCAAGCCGAAGGGCUUGCUGCUCUCCGCCGCCGUCUCGCCGAAUAAAAAGGUCAUCGAUGCGGGCUACGAUGUGCCAGAGCUUUCACGUUACUUCGAUUGGAUUGCGGUGAUGGCGUACGACUAUCACGGACAGUGGGAUAAGCGUACGGGCCAUGUGGCGCCCAUGUACGAUCAUCCCGAGGGCACUGCGACCUUCAAUGCCAACUUCUCGAUUAACUACUGGCUGGAGAGCGGAGCUGAGCGCAAGAAAAUUGUAAUGGGCAUGCCCAUGUACGGUCAGUCCUUCUCGCUGGCCCAGGCCAGUGCCAAUGAGCUCAAUGCGCCCACCUAUGGCGGCGGUGAGGCGGGCGAGGCGACACGUGCCCGGGGCUUCCUGGCCUACUACGAGAUCUGUUCGUAUAUACAGAAACGCGGCUGGAAUGUGGUGCGUGAUGCGCGCGGUCGCAUGGGUCCCUAUGCCUACUCGCGCGAUCAGUGGGUGUCCUUUGACGAUGCGCCCAUGAUACGGCACAAGAGCGAGUAUGUACGCGCCAUGGGCUUGGGUGGUGCCAUGAUCUGGGCCCUGGACCUGGACGAUUUCAAGAACGAUUGCGGCUGCGAAUCGUAUCCACUGCUAAAGACAAUCAAUCGCGUGCUACGCGGCUAUCCGGGACCACAUCCCAAGUGUGCACUGGAGCAGAGCGAAAAGACAAUGGUUGCGGGCGACAAAGGCACGGCCCAGUCAGCCAAACCCACCAUUAACACCGUCACUCCGGCCAGUAUAGUUGCGACUCCAGCCAGGCCAGAGCCUGGUCAGCCCAUCGAUUGCGGUGGACGUAAUUAUGCACCGCACGAGCGCGACUGCAACAAGUAUUACAUCUGUCAAUAUGGCGAGUUUAUUGAGCAACGCUGUCCCGCAGGCUUACACUGGAACGAGAAUUACUGCGACUGGCCCAACAAUGCUCAGUGUGCAGUUCGCUCGGAUCAAACCACUCAGCCACCAGUGGUGCAUCGACCUAAGCCUACUAGCCCAACACCGACUCACAAACCCACCACAAAACCCACAAAGAAACCCUUUACACCGCCCAAUAAGAAACCCAUAGCCCGACCCAAGCCAACGCCGGCUCCACCGCUGGGCAGCAAUGAGGCAUACAAGGUCGUCUGCUACUUCACCAAUUGGGCGUGGUAUCGACCCGGCCAAGGCAAGUAUGUGCCCGAGGAUAUUGAUGAGAAUCUCUGCACGCACAUCGUCUACGGCUUUGCUGUGCUGAACGGCAACAGUCUCACCAUAAAGACGCACGAUUCCUGGGCAGAUAUCGAUAAUCGAUUCUAUGAGCGCGUCGUGGAGUAUAAGCAGAAGGGAUUGAGGGUAACCGUUGCCAUUGGCGGCUGGAACGAUUCACUGGGCAGCAAAUAUGCUCGAUUGGUGCUCGAUCCCAAAGCGCGUGCUCGAUUCAUUGACAGCAUUUUGGUAUUCGUUGAGAAAUAUGGCUUCGAGGGCUUGGAUCUGGAUUGGGAAUAUCCGGUGUGCUGGCAGGUGGACUGCGCCAAGGGCUCGCCAGCUGAGAAGCAGGGAUUCGCUGCUCUCGUGCGCGAACUCUCCGAUGCCUUCCGACCACGUGGACUGCUGCUCUCCGCCGCCGUCUCGCCGAGCAAAAUGGUCAUCGAUGCGGGCUACGAUGUGCCACAGCUGGCGCGCUAUUUCGAUUGGAUAGCCGUGAUGACGUAUGACUUCCAUGGCCACUGGGACAAGCAGACGGGCCACGUGGCGCCGCUGUAUUAUGUGGAGGGCGAUGCCAAUCCCUACUUCAAUGCCAACUAUAGCAUACACUAUUGGCUGGAUCAGGGCACGCCGGCUAGUAAACUGGUGAUGGGCAUGCCACUCUAUGGCCAAUCCUUCUCGCUGGCCGACCCAAAAGCGCGCUCCCUGAACGACAGGUCCAUUGGACCGGGGCAGGCGGGCACCUAUACGCGUGCCGGUGGCUUCUUGGCCUACUAUGAGAUAUGUGAGAAGGUCAGCGCUGGCGGCUGGACAGUGGUGCGUGACAAUGAGGGACGCAUCGGGCCCUAUGCGUACAGCGGCAAUCAAUGGGUCUCCUACGAUGAUGUGGCUGACAUACGACGCAAGGCGCAAUUUGUGCGCAGCUUGCGUUUGGGCGGCGGCAUGGUCUGGGCCUUGGAUUUGGAUGAUUUCCGUGGUCGCUGUGGGUGUGGCAAGCAUCCAUUGUUGCGCACACUCAACCAGGAGCUGCGUGGCAUACCCGGGCAGCGAGCCAACGAUUGCACAUAGUAAUAUUAAUUAUUAUUAAGUGUGAAUUACAUGGAUUCAUGCCAAUUCCUUAGCUGCUGACUAGGCUCGCAAUCUGUUCUUAAGAUUUUUGCCAAUUAGUUAUAAGCACACGAUUACACCCCACUCAACCAUAUAAAUAAAUAAUGAAAAAAAA